GCUGUACCUUUAAUAUUUGUGAAUGGUGCUUUUCUUCCUCUAAUUUUAUUUUGAUCAGUUUGGAGCUGUCUAUUGUUGAGGUUCUUACUUCAGGGGAGCCAGGGCUUUAUCUUAAUCAUGACGUCUCAUCUCUUUCAGUUGGCAUGUUCCUGCUAUUCCAUUCUACCGACACUAGGUUCUGGGUUCUCGCAAGGAAUCAAGACUUCAGAGGCUUGGGCUCAGCAACUACAGUGUAUUCUGGCCACUGCACAUAGCCUUUUAGGACAACUUUAUGAAGGCGCAGAAACAGAUCCAGUAAUAUACAUGGGUCCUGGUGUGGAGCUAAACUUCAGUCCUUUGGAUGAGAGAGAUCCACUUUUUAUUCUGAGGCUAAGUCAGAGAUAUGCUGGACUUUUCCAAAGCCUUUCUAAAUUGCUCAGCAUUGAUGUCACAGUUCCUGUCAAACUUCCUGUGCAGGACAUCAUUUACCUGGUUUGCAGAGCAUUGGCUGUGACUCGUAAGAAAUUGGGUUCUGCUGUGGAGAUAAUGAAACAAGAUUGAUUUAUUUUGGCAAGA